AUGGAGGUCCCGAGCUGUCUCCUAUUCUUCUGGCUGCCUACCAUGGUCGGAUAUGGCGUUCACCGGUCCGCCUCUGGCAUCGGCCGGGACCUAAACACGGCAACGGAGACAAUGAUAGAAGCGACCUUCUGGAACCCACAGUCUCCCGUGUAUGUCAUUGGAGAGGCGGCUGAAAUAGAGACCGACCCGCUGCUCGGCUUCUACAGCAAACAGCAGUUUGAGCCAAUCUGGGGUUCAUCCACAAGGCGGACCGCAAGAGAGCACGAGUCGCCACUUGACAGCUUCGAUGCCAUGACAGCAGAACGAAGGCUAGAGAGGCUCUACGAGCUGCUAAACGGCGGCGUCAGCACCCUGUUGAAGCCCGUUAACCCCGAUGUGGGAGCCAAGACCCGGGGAAUCUGGGGCGAAUGGAAGCAUGACGACUUCCUGGGAGAGGCUUCCAGGGAUCCUUUUUGCAAGUGGCGCGAUGCGGGGAAUCUCUUGGGCCUUCUCGGCCGGCCCUUGAUGCAGAGGUCCAAUGACAGAAGAUGCCUCGGGAAAUUUCGAUGGCUCCACGCUUGGGGUUGUUGA